AUGGAAGCUAGAAGUUCUAAUUUUAGAAGUACUGAAUCUAUAAGUUUGGUGAAGAGUCUUCCUGCAAGUCUAAAUGAUAUCAGACUUAUUAUUGUGUUAGCAUCUGCUAAUAAUGAGUGCAAAUUAUAUAACUAUGACAUUGAUGGGAAUCUAAAAACUAAGUCGCAAUUGGAAGUUAUCAAAUUUUGGACAGUCGCCUAUCCUUUGGACAUUAUUGGAUUAAGUCAUCAAUCUUAUAUAGAAAGUUUAUCAAUUGGAAGGAAUAAAAAUCUUUCUCAAUGUGUUACUUCAAUGAUUCUUCAAACUGCUCCUCCUGAAAUGGAAUUAUGGAAUGGAUCGACAAUUGAUGCAUAA